AUGGUUAUCGGCGGGCUCCGGCGGGCUGUAUGCACUUUUGGUGAGACCACUGCCCCGUUGCUUCUCCCGAGCCCCGCGACCGGCGCCCCUCAUUGGAUCAAGGCUCUACAAGAAAACCUAUAUAUCGAGACAGUAAUUACACCAUCUCAACGCUCCGUGCUUAUCAUACCACACACCGAAGCAGCCCCUCACUGCCAGUGCUCGCACGAGAUCUUCAAAAUCGACAUUCUUCCAGGUUCUGAACCUCCCUAA